AUCUCAUGUCACUCUCUCCCGAUGUCUUAGGUUCCUGCAGGUUGUCCCGGCUAUCGCUGAACUCUUGCACUGCCAACGCGCUUGACUACGACCAAGACUGAGUAUGUCCUACCUCUAAUUGGCAGCUCCACCCAACUUCUUGGCUCGUACUGCUCCCGUCGAAAAGGAUCGUCGUAUAAAAGGUGGUCCUUCUCCCAGGUUAUCUGUACCCCGACUCCCCCUCAAGCGACACUGCCCCUCUCCCUCAAGCCGAUCCCACCGACGCCACUUUUUUGUUCAUCAUCUCUCGCCGCGCCUCAUCCACCCUCAACAUGAAGACCACCAUUCUCGCGUCAAUCGUUGUUACCGUCGCAUCUCUCUGCUCCGCCGCACCAUCGCAGACCACGCUGAACAAUGGGAACCAGUUGAGCAAUGGCAAGGCAGGGCAGCUUACCUGGGAAGCUUCGGGCGUCCUCAAGACCCCCUGCACUGACUCCAAGAUCGCCAUCGGCAACUGCUACUCUCUCUCCCUCUCCAAGGACCCAAAAGCGAACCUGGACACCAAUCACCUCGAUUCCCCUCGCCAGCGCAACGAGUUCCGUGUCCCCUACGCCGCCGCAGGGGAGACCCACACAUACUCCUGGAAGCAGUACCUCUAUACCAGCACCGGGUCGGGCAGCACGUUCUUCCACCUCAUGCAGAUCCUCGACUACAACACCCUUCAGCCGGUGAUCACGCUCGACGCACGGAACGGGCGCGUACAGGUUGAGAGUACCAACUUGUGCAAGAGCGGCUGCCCGAGUAUCCCGAUGUCGAGCUACACGGAUAGAACGACGGUGCAUACUAUGAAGAUCACCUACGGACCCUCUGGAUCACUGACCUACACCGUCACUGACGCAUCGACGAAGAAGACUUUACUCACAUAUUCGGUAAAAGGGGCACUUGGCACGAGCAAGACCGCACUCAAAUUCGGUACUUACCGCGCCGCCUACCAGGGGAUGACUGCUGUACUUGCUGGUGUCGGAGACUACACUCAGAACUGAUUCAGGAGAAGGGCCGCGCUUGUUUUCUGUUUCGUGUACCCAUGAGUUUUGUUAUUUACCUUGCUGUCGUUCACUUGCCCUCCGCUAUAAGUAUACUACGCUACGUUAUGCCGUUGUCGCCUAUGCUUUUCUGCUCAAUAAGACUAGCUCUUUCGUCUCAA